AUGGCGUCAAAGAUAGUUUUUAAAAUAAGCAAGUAUCGAGCUACUUUAACUAUUAAACAAGCUCCCUGUGCGUUUUGUCACCGAAUGGUCGAUGAAGAAACUACUUAUGGCAAGUUAUAUAAAAUCGGCGAUAUACAUUGUCAUUACUUUUGCGUGCUGCUGUCCUGCUGCUUGAUACAGAAAGGUAGAGACGAAGAUGGCCUCUUUGGUUUUCUAUAUCCCGAUAUAUUGGCUGAAAUCGAAAGGAGCAAGAAGCAUAAAUGUUCGUAUUGUUCACGUGAAGGCGCAACGUUAGGCUGUAGUGUCACUCAAUGUAGGAAGCAAUUCCAUCUACCUUGCGGACGGGAAAGGCAUGCUGUUUCAUUGUUUUAUGGGAAUUAUAAGACAUUCUGCAAGGAUCACGCUCCAAAACAAAAAAUAACAGAAGACGUCAUGGCUAAAGCAAAGCUACGGUUAUCUGUGAUUAGAAAAAUGAAACGCGAAAAGGGCACAUCUAACCUGAAGUAUGCUAAAAAGCAGAACUCUUCAGAAAAUCAACCCGAACUCCAGUCUGUAUGUGUAAUAUGCUAUGAGGCAGUGGAUGGAUUUCCAACGACGCAAACUUUCUGGCCUCCGUGCUGUGCGAGAGACGCGUGGUUUCAUAGGAGUUGUUUAGAGAGAAUGGCCCUAAGUGCUGGCGUCCACUACUUAAAGUGUCCAUUAUGCAAUGAUAAAGAAAACUUUUACAAAGCAGUCCUCAGCCAAGGAUAUUAUAUACCAGAUAGAGAUGCCGCUUGGGAAUUAGAACAGAAUGCAUUUUCUGAUAUAUACGAGCGACCAAUUGUAUGCACAGUUGAAGAUUGCAAGUGUCCGAAUGGAAGGAAAUUUGAUGCUGAUUACGGAGAGUGGGACAUCGAGCUGUGCGUGCUGUGCGGCGGCGGCGGCGCGCACGCGGGCUGCGGCGGCGGCGUGCGCGUGUGCGCGGCCUGCGCGCCCGCCGCGCCCGCGCCGCCGCGCCUGCAGCUGCUGGCGCAGAUGCGCGUGUGCGCGGCCUGCGCGCCCGCCGCGCCCGCGCCGCCGCGCCUGCAGCUGCUGGCGCAGAUGCGCGUGUGCGCGGCCUGCGCGCCCGCCGCGCCCGCGCCGCCGCGCCUGCAGCUGCUGGCGCAGAUGCGCGUGUGCGCGGCCUGCGCGCCCGCCGCGCCCGCGCCGCCGCGCCUGCAGCUGCUGGCGCAGAUGCGCGUGUGCGCGGCCUGCGCGCCCGCCGCGCCCGCGCCGCCGCGCCUGCAGCUGCUGGCGCAGAUGCGCGUGUGCGCGGCCUACGCGCCCGCCGCGCCCGCGCCGCCGCGCCUGCAGCUGCUGGCGCAGAUGCGCGUGUGCGCGGCCUACGCGCCCGCCGCGCCCGCGCCGCCGCGCCUGCAGCUGCUGGCGCAGAGGCGCGUGUGCGCGGCCUGCGCGCCCGCCGCGCCCGCGCCGCCGCGCCUGCAGCUGCUGGCGCAGAUGCGCGUGUGCGCGGCCUGCGCGCCCGCCGCGCCCGCGCCGCCGCGCCUGCAGCUGCUGGCGCAGAUGCGCGUGUGCGCGGCCUGCGCGCCCGCCGCGCCCGCGCCGCCGCGCCUGCAGCUGCUGGCGCAGAUGCGCGUGUGCGCGGCCUGCGCGCCCGCCGCGCCCGCGCCGCCGCGCCUGCAGCUGCUGGCGCAGAUACCUCUGCCCUCACAAAGUAACGGUACACAGAGACACAGAGCGGGACCGAUCAUGCCUAGUCGGAUGUCGCUGAGGCGGACAAAAGGCAGACAGAUACGGGAGAAUGCGUCUUCCACGUCGAACUGUAAUAAAACCGAAGUAAUAAACGUUAAAACAGAAGUAAAUGAUGAUUCGAGUGCAACCGAAUUGGGUCGUCGUGAACUCAAUUUAAAAUCACCGAAGAGGCGUAUCACAAAAGAAUCGUCAUUAAGAAAUGUCGAAAAGAAAAUAUUUUCACCGUUUAAACUAUUGGAGAAAGAUUUAUAUGAAAAAAUCUGUGAUAAUAGAUUUGAACUGGAUCAGAAAGUAUUGGAUGAAGUGCAAAAAAAGUUUAAAAGGCCGAAACCUUUGACUGUAAAGAAAAAAAUUGUCAAUGAAAUAUUAGAAAACUUUUUAAAUAAUAUAUCCAAAGAGAACAUGAAGACGAAGGAGCCUAUCAAGGAGUGGAACUCGCCUAAAAAGACUUAUGACAAGGAAAAUGAUACAGAGGUAUGUAUUCUAACGAUUCAGGGUGUAACAUCCCAUGGUGAUAAAAAUAAAUUAAAUGCCAUAUUAACAAACGAAAUUGCAAUGAAGAAAAAAGUACCAGACAUAAUAAACGAGAACUUACAAUCUGAGACGAUGGAAGUAUUUAAAGAAAUAAACAUGUCCAAAAGUAUAUCGAAUCAAGACGAUGACACCAACAGCACUUUCCAUUUACCGGCCGAGUUUAUAGCGGAUUACAGCAGCGAUCAAAGCUUACCAAUGUUCGAUACGCCGAAAAAAUUAAAAAAAGUCAACAUAGAAAAUGAUAGAAUGGAAAUAUCAACAAGCGAUCAAAUAAUUAACAUUGAUUUAGUUAAAAUUCAAAACGAUGAGUGUGUAAGAGACGUAAUAAUACCGGAGAAAGCCGGGAAAUGUGCUUUAAAGUUCAGUACGUUCGAUAAAGAAGUACUUGAGAAGAAUAACGUUGAUAUAGACGUUGAAUCUUUUAAGAAUCAGUAUUUGAAUGAAGUUGAUAGACAAUUCAACGGUAUAUCUAAACAGAUUAAUGUAGAAAAUUGUGAUUUAUCAAGUAUGGUAUGUAAUGAAGAUAUAAUAAAGGAUUCUCCUAAAAAAUCUGCAAAACGAAAGCUACCAAGGGAUAGCGUUGCCAGUAAACGCAGAAAAACUACCAAAAUGGAUCAUGAAACGGAUAAAAAUAUCGACGAUAGAAAGCGUAAAAUUAAAAAAAACAGCAAAUCGAAACGAAAUCGUACGAACAAAACUGAAUUGUCAAUUAGAAAUAAGAAUAUCAAUUUGAAAAUUAAAUGGAAAAAUGAGGAGUUGAAUCUGAAAAUAUCAAAAGCCAAGAAAAAAUCGAGGAAAGACAAAACAAAAGUCUUAAAGCAGUACGUUUUGAAGUACUUCAAUCAAAAUAAUCAAAAUGGUGUCAUCGGUAAGCCCGAUGUUGAUGUAGUUCCAAUUAAAAGACAGUAUGUAAAAAUGGAAAAGUCUCCGGAUAACAUGAAACAAAUGUCUAUUGAUAGCUUUUUUAAGAGAAACCAUUAA